GUUCUAUUGGGGCUGUGUCUCUCUGUAUGUGUCUAAACUGUAGGCUGCAUACUUUUUGCUUUGUUUCAAGAUAUUCUCGUUUGAUUUUCGUUUCCAUUUUCUCGUCCUGUUUCCUUUUCAACUUGCUGGAAAAUCCUCCCUCUUCAGAAUUCUUCUUUUCUCGUACGGGGUUUAGUAAACGAUGCCUUGAAAUCAAUACUCGUUCUCUAAAUGGAUAGUUUCGAUUUCGACAGUGUUAAAGCAGAGAAGGCCAACGCCAUGUUAAAGUACCGUCGCCUGCGAAACGUCACGAAGUUGUUCCGUUUCGCGGAACUCUUCCUCGUUCUGAUCUUGUUCUUCUGGAUUUUCACUCACCUUCCACUCGCCAUCCAAAUCUCCGGCGAGUAUUUCCGGAAAAUCUCGACAGUUAUCGCCAGCCAUCUCUUCGUUUUCUUAUUCUGUAACGCAAUCAUCGUCAUUCUACUCUUCAAAUCCAGCCAAUUCUCCGACCGGAACUUGCACGUUCACAAUGCCGAAACUGAUAUCUACGAAGAGUUCGUCAAGAAAAGUGAAAAUAAUCGUCCUAAUUCCCGAUCCGAAGAUCUUUCUCUGUCUCAGGAGCCAGAGGUGGUUGUGUAUGAGGACAAACAGAUGAUAUGUGCAGAGAACACUCUGCGUCCUACAUGUGAAAAAGUGGUUCCAACAGUCACGGACUCAAAAAGGGAUUCGUACGUGAAAGUUUAUCGUCGGAGUCAGUCGGAGAAGUUGAAUCGAGACCGUUCGGAGAAAUCUCGCAGAAUACUGCAGCGAUCGGAUACAGAGAAAUGCCAACAAAUUGUAAUCUCCGGGCAGGAUCCGGCAACAACUUGGUAUCCGGAGGACGAGUUGAGUAACGAGGAUUUCCAGCGCGCGAUAGAGGCUUUCAUUGCGAAGGAGCUGAGAUUUCGUCGACAGGAGUCUUUAGCUAUUGUUUUACAAGAUCAGAACUGAAAAUUCUACCAUUUUAUGGCUUCGUUUUAUUUUUAAUCUUUUUUUUCUCAGUUACUCUUCUUUAAUGCUAUGUACAGCCCUUAAAUUCUCACGGAGGAGAAAAAAGGUGACUGAUCUCGGUUCAAAUCUGUGUGUGUUAAUUAAGCUUCUGAAUUGAAGUGAAGCGGGAAGAUGAAGAUAAAUUAAUCUCGAUCGUUGAUAUGAUAAUUGAUAUCAAUCUGACGGUGGAA